UCGUCACGUCCACGCCCCAGUCACCCCACCCCUCCGCCGCCAUCCCGCAAGCGACCGCCGGUGGCCGGCUCGGCGGCCAGGCGCCGUGCCGCCGUCUCCUCCAGCCGCUGCCGUGGCGCCGCCCCCUUCUCCAAGAUGGCAUCCCCUCCGGAAACCUAAAGGCAAAAUCUCCCCAGCGCAUUCUCCGACCGAACCGACGAGCUCCCGACUCCAAGCAUUCCGGCGACGCCAUGGUUCCUCCUAGGAGGGUACCUCCUGUUGCUUUAACUUGCAAGAUGUCCUGGUUUCUUUGGCUAUCGAGAGUGCGGCGCAGGAGGGCGAAGAAUCAGAACACGAGGGCGAGGAAGCGGAACACGAGGGCGGCGGCGGCCGUGACGUUGGAGGAGAUCCGGGCGCUCCCUCCAUCUGCGACGCGACCCUCCUAUCCCCGCGUCCUGCUACAAGGGGCCAGAAGCAUCAAAGAGGCCCAACCGUGGAACUGUGUCAUGUGCGGCUAUGUGAACGAGCUCACGCCUCAUUUGCUGUACAAUCUUCCGGCGUUCCAAUGCACGGGAUGUGGCGCCGACCCCCGUGAGGGUGACACAGAUUUCGGGUUUUCUUUUGCUGACCUUGAUUUUAACAAUGUUUGCCCUAUUGGUCAUGUCAAGCAACAGAAACCAGGAGAAUGCAUUGCAAAUGCACUUGUAUCCUCCGUGGAAAUAAACAAUCGUAUUAUGAUGACAAUCCUGGAACAGCCUCCAAUUAAAAAAGGGCCUAUUCUUGACAUUGAAGAUCUCAAUUUCAAGUACAAGAAAAAAUGGCGUGAAGAAGGCAAGCCGGAAAUGAAAGAUUAUAAUGGUCACUCGUUUCUGACCAUGAUUCGUGUGUUCCAAACUGAUGGUGUGAAGGAAAUGGUUGUGACACAUGAAGAUACCACCAAGUUGCAUAAAAUUUCUGAUUGGGAUUGGAUUAAUGGAGAUGACUUUGUUGCUAUCAGCUCAGCUCUAGCAGAUGGAUAUCCAUUGGUUUUUGGUUUCCUUGUUGGCGAAAAAGUUGCUUACUUAGAGCCUGGUGAAAUUUACAUGCCACCGCCGGAGGACAGUGUUAGUGAUGAUGGCGAGAGGAAACCGGAAAGGCAUUUUGCCGUUUUGGUCGGAGCUCAUCAAGAAAAGAAAGUGAAGUUCUUCUACUUCCUCAAUUGUUGGGAUGAGGAGUUUUGCAAGAGAAGUAAUAAUGAAGGGGAUGGAAUCCGUGGUGGCGUUGGUGCUAUAAGUGCUGAUGGUUUAUGUUUUGGGCCGGUUCAGAUUUUCCGAUUUAACGAGAGGAAGACGCAGGAGGUCCAACAACAGUAAACGAGGUGGAUUUCUUUAUUUGAACUGUAACGGCUGGGAGGCUAACAAUGAGAAUAGGAGAUUUGUGGCCUGAAGCGGUUGCUGGAACUUGCAGGCAGGCAAUGGAUGGUUUCACAUGAUCACUUUUGUAAUAGGAUUGAACUAGGAUGAUGAUCGUCAGAACUCUCUGGUGGAGGCGGUUUUGUCUGUAGAAAAGAAGUUACUGCUCUCAUCUGCAAAUGGAGUGUGGUGUAUGUCGGGAAGCUUGGAAUUAGGUCCAGGAAUGUACUCUCUUCUGAAUGAUUUUGACAAACCGGGGGGCAUGGACUGAGUUCAGUACCUAAAGAUCACUGAAGAUUUUAUUGAAUAUGAUUGUGGUGAGAUAUGUUUUUUUUUAUUGUAGUCAUGCCGCUUCCAGGUCCAUCUUAUUCAGGCAAAUCUAAUAUGAAUGCGUGCAUUUUUUUUA